AUGAAGCGUUUGUUGCGGAUCAGGGGAUAUAGAGUUGGACGCCAAGGUGCGGGCUCGGCCGCGUCACCCGCCCGCGCCCUCCCCGCUUCCGGUCUUCCUGACUCUGUCUUGACAACGGGUCCAGAUGAGGAGGAGGAGGAGGACGAGGAGGAGAGUGAGAUAGAUGCUGUGCAGGCCUGUUCUCACUAUAAAAUGAUUCCCUCGCGAACCCCCGUGUCUGUUCUCACCCUGCUGCGGAGGUCGCGACGAUCGAAAUGUCAUUAG